GUCGUAACUCGGAGAAACAAAAAAAACUAAAUAUGGAGGUCGUCUCGUUGUGCUUUUUGCACUUAUAAACGUUUGUCCUUCUUCACAACUCUGUAGUUGAAUUCAACAUGACUUCCAUUGCUCGAAGUGCUCUUCGCCCGGUUUGUCGGUUUCUUGAUCGAAGAUUCUUUGUUCCUGCGUGUUGUCAUGUUCGAUGGAGUUCUGCUUCGUCACAAGUAUCGCAGGUUGCCUAUUCACCAGUUAAUGACGACAUAAAAAGAGCUUUUGAAGACAUAGUUGGAGAAAACAAUGUGUCAUCUGCAAUGGUUGUGAGGGAACAACACGGAAAAGAUGAAUCUCACCACAAGUGCCAUCCUGCUGAUCUCGUAGUAUGGCCCACCAGCAGAGAGCAAGUCUGUCAGGUGGCAAAACUUUGCAAUGAUAAUUGUCUCCCGCUGAUUCCAUUUGGAUCUGGGACAGGACUGGAAGGGGGUGUGGUGGCCAAAAAGGGUGGUGUUAGUGUGGAUGUGACAAAAAUGAACGAGAUACUAGAGGUUAAUGCCGAGGACUUUGAUGUGACAGUGCAAGCAGGUGUUACAAGAAACCAGCUUAAUAACUAUGUGAGAGACACAGGACUGUGGUUCCCUGUUGAUCCAGGAGCAGAUGCUAGUUUGGGUGGUAUGGCUUCUACAAGUGCAUCAGGGACAAAUGCAGUCAGGUACGGAACAAUGCGAGAGAAUGUUAUGAAUUUGGAAGUGGUUCUGGCAGAUGGAAGGGUCAUCAAUACAGCUGGGGAAGGACGUCGGACAAGAAAGACGUCGGCAGGAUACAACUUGACAAACCUGUUUGUUGGUUCAGAGGGUACUUUGGGAAUUAUUACGAAGGUGACCCUGAGGCUGUAUGGGAUACCAGAAUCGACAGCAUCUGGAGUGUCUUCAUUUUCUGACGUGAAGUCUGCUGUUGAUGCUGUGGUAGAAAUUCUACAGAGCGGCAUUCCGAUGGCUCGUAUUGAGUUUCUAGAUGAUGUGCAGAUUGAUGCUUGUAACAAGUUUUCAGGGUUGAACUACCCCGUAACUCCUACCCUGUUCUUGGAGUUUCAAGGAUCUGAAAAUGGAGUCAAGGAACAAGCCUCUAUUGCAGGGGAGAUCAUCGAAAGCAAUGGUGGUUCUAAAUUUCAGUGGGCCACUGAACUGGAGGAACGAAACAAAUUGUGGAAAGCGAGACAUAACGCUUGGUAUGCUGACAUGGCUCUUAGACCUGGUUGUAAGGGAGUAUCAACAGACGUCUGUGUUCCAAUCUCGAGGCUGCCUGAAAUAAUUGUGGAAACAAAGGAAGACAUCAUAACUUCCAACUUAAUUGCCCCAAUUGUGGGGCAUGUAGGAGAUGGAAAUUUCCACUGCGUGCUUCCUCUUGAUUUGGAAUGCGAAGAGGAAUUAAAGAGAGCAAAAGAAUUUGUAGACAGACUAUCCAGACGUGCCUUGGCCAUGGGAGGUACCUGUACUGGAGAGCAUGGGAUAGGGUGUGGCAAGCAAGCCCUGUUACCAGAGGAGAUCGGCCCAACUGGAGUUCAAGUGAUGAAAGAAAUAAAAAACUUGUUGGACCCUAACGGGAUCCUGAACCCUGGAAAAGUAUUUUUGUAGAGAAAAAACAACUUUGUUGUAAAAAUCAAGGUCUGGGGCCCGUUUCUGGAAAGCCAGAGAAACUUCUUGAUUUGUCCUUCGGUUGUAUUCUGUUUUUUUUUUUAUUGGGACUAAGGUCAGAACGCUUCUACGUUAAAAUUAGCAGUAAAAAUCGUAUAGAAAUAAAGAAAUUAGGCUUUUGCUAAUUUUUAAUCCUACUUCAGCCUAUUCUAGUUGUCCUAUCUGCUUCCAGAGAACGAAGCCUGUUCUCUGGUUCUCGCUUUAGAUUGGAAAGUAAGUUGAAUGCUGUUUUUAUCACAUUUUGGUCGCAUAACGCGCGCUGUGAUUGGUUGUGCCUUCUUUUUGCAUGACGUUAUGUGACACGGGUAUGACGUAUCAUUGCAUUUGACUGGCUUUUUAUUUUAUAAAUGGAGAAUGUCGCUUUUUGUUAGUUCACAAAUCCCGGUUGGUGGCAAAUACCCUACAAAGAUUUGGAAAUUUGAAAGUGCUUUAUAUUGAUACCGUAUGUAAACCGUCGCUGGGGUCAUUUCAUGAAGAGUUUUAACUCUUUAGCUUACAUGUCUGAAUAACUCAUAUAAGAUGUAUACUUACAAAUCUCCUUGAUUUGAAUUGAAAUGUCUUGUAAAGACUUUGCUGUCGUGAAACGCCUGUAGCGCUGGUCAGUGGUUAAAAUUAACUGUAUAUGAUAAUAUAAUUCAAAUCUAAAGAUUUUUUAUACCAAGAAUAUAGCAUGCACUACUUCCGCAAAUAAGCCGUCAUGCCUUAGAGACAGAUCUUAUGAUUUUAGGUAGAAAGUAAAUUAUCUAGAUUCUGUAAAGUAGAUUGAGAACUUCAGGCGUGUACUAGACGUGUAUGAAUCAUCAACAUUAAUGAUCCUAAUAGCAAAUAGGUGAAGAUAAUUAAAUUUCUAAUUCGAUCCUGUAUGCUUUACAAAGAUAUAUUUUCCCAGUGCAUAAUCAUACACUUUCAGUAGAAUUGGGAAACAAACAGGAAAAUCUUGUAGAAAGUCAAAAUUAAUAAAUAUGAAUGAGUUUUGGGAAACCCGG